AUGGACCCGACCGACGCGGAGCUGGCGGCGAUAGCAGACCUACCGGGAGUGUUCACGUGGGCAGGAGCGACAGGGGCCUUGGAGCGAGCACUGCGGGCGGCAUUGGGCGACCCAGCUCGCGUGCGAGAGCUAGCCCUCGUCCCUAGAGCUGCCUGGGACACCAUGGUGAGCACCCUGCAAGUGGCAGGACCAGCCGACGCCGACGGCAAUCCAGGCCCGCCCCGGGACUUGACCUUGGUCGAAAGAGCCAGGAUCGAGUCGAGCCGCCGAGUGGCUUUGCUGCGCAUGGGCAUCCCUCCAGACGUCCCAGGGGGAGCAAGCCCGCCAGCACCAGCUCCGACAACAGGGCCGGCACCCACGGGGUGCACACCGGCGACAGGAGCGAGGAGGCUGAAGUUGUCGUCCAUCCUCGACCCCACCUUGGACGCCGAGGUCUCGCCGCUGGGCGCCGCCGAACUUCAACAACUCUACAAGGACUACAAGGCCAAGUUCGGCGAUUACCCCAGCCCGGAUGCCGAUCCCUCCUCGGAUCAAGUGGCGUCGCUGCGCCAGGUGGUGGCCGCGGGAGCUGCACCUUACGCAGAUUUCUCGCUGUUCGGGCCUCACGGCCUGCGCCUCCUUCGCAAACAGACGUUCACGAGCUACACCCUGAACGUUGCCACGGGCGAGUGGUCCAAGAAGGAACAGCCGGGCCCCUCGAGCUACCACACGUGGAUGGAAGCUUGGAAGGUGUUCCGCACCACGCUCCUCUUGCUGGAGAUCGCCGACGCGGAGAGGCUGGACGCCUACGCGGAGCACAUCAGGUCGUAUGUCACCCAGUUUUCCGACAACUGCUGGUGGCUGAUCUACAGGGCGGAAAACCGCCUUCGCUGUGAACACCUCGAACGCAUCCGGCGGACCUUGACUGACCGCCCGGAGUUCGGGUUCACUAGCGCACGGCCCUGGAACGCGUGCUUUGCUGCGGCCGUCCGUGACAGCGACUUCUGGACAAGAGAGCUGAUCACGCCCGCGACCCUCUGGUUGUCUCAGAGGCAGCCAGGAAGCGGGAGCGACGGAAGUGGCGCCGACGAUGGCUCCCCGAAGAAGAAGCAAAAGAAGGGGCGCUAUGAUGGGGAGGACAGGAGCGAGAAGAAGGACGGGGUGUAUAUCCUCAACAGGCGUGGCGCCAAAAUAUGUGGUGGAUAUAAUAAGGGGAAAUGUGGCAGCAAGAAGCCACAAGGCAAAUGCCGAGAUGGCUGCGACGCGAACCAGCAGCUGGUGGACAAGACGGCGCAGUCCAAGGCAUCGGGCACCCGACCCUCCGAGCCGUGUCAGCCUCCAGCGCAGAAGCCACCGACGCCGCCACGGGCCAGGCCGGCGAUCAAGCGCAAGAGGCCCGAUGCCACCCAGCCGGCCAUUUCCUCCACAGCCGACGAAAGCCCGAAGGCCAAGGUGAAGAAGCACGCAGCGGCGGCAGCCACGGGCAACAGAACGAAGGGUGCGAGCGGCAAGCUGGCCAGCACCCAAAGCCUCCUGCUUGUUCCCCCGCUGGAGACGGCGUGGCCCGACUACCAGCCGCUGGUCAGGGGCCCACGGCCGUAUGGGAUGUGGAUGGAGCAGCCCGCCGACUCCUUUGUGGAGAGGCCUUGGGCACUCAUCCUUUUCAGUGGCCGGCGCCGCAAAGGAGACCUUCCCAACUGGCUGGUGCACUAUGGCUUCAUGGUGUGCUGUGUCGACAGGGACUCCUCGCCGUCAUGUGACGUCCUCGACGAAAGUCAGUGGAACUUAGUCGAACGAGACAUCAUUGACGGGCACUUCUCUGUGGUGUGGGCUGGCACACCUUGCGGCACCUUCAGCCCGCUGAGGGAGGUCCGCCCGGGACCCCGACCGCUCCGCACGGUUGAGCACAUAGAGGGCAAGCCGGACCUCAGCCCGUCGGAGAAGACACAGGUCAAGGAGGCCAACGUGCUGGUGGAACGCACGCAUGAUGCACUGGUGGCGGCCUGGGACCAAAAGCUCACCUGGGGCUUGGAGAACCCGACCCACGGCGAGAACAAACCGGAACUUUGGCAGAUGCCGCUUAUCCGCCAACUCGCGGGCCUCGAACGGGUCGCCGUCGCAGCGUUUGACCAGUGCAAGCUCGGCCUGGACACGGUGAAGCCCACCAAGAUCCUCUACAGCAGCAACGCCAGUGGCUUUGAAGUUCUGGACGGGCUUCGGUGCGAUCACCCUCCAGGAUCCCAUGGCAGCACCGCCGGGAAGAAGGAGAGGGGCCCGGCCGGCUCCAGGCAGUGGGCCUCCAAGCGCCAGGGUGAAUACACGCCCCACCUCUCCCAGAUCAUCGCUCAUUCUCUGUACCAGGGCUUCCGCGUCAGGGCCCUGGAAACGGAGACGGAGAGGGACAGGGAGAACAGCCAGGCCUUGGGCGGCAUGCGAAACCCCCGCCGUUCACUCCGCAGGCUGCCCAAGUCGAGAAAGGUGGGUCGGGCCAUCCACAAGCUGCUUCGAAGCUCCAUGCAGCAGUGGCCCGAGCUGGUCGAACCGGCGCUCGCCAUCCUGGAGGGGAGGAAGCCGGAGGAGUUCGACACGGAGGUGAUCGGCAAGAUCCGGGCAGCCGUGCUCACAACUUUGGGGGCCGACGCGCGGGCCACGACACGCGAGCGCACGGCCCCAGCGAGCACGCCACUUCGGGCCGAGAUCUUUGAGGCCUGGGGCAAAGCCACAGACGACCCAGACUCGGCAACACUGGCCGGCUGGCUCGACCACGGGGCGCCCCUGGGCUUAACGGAGGACAUCCCUUCCACCGGGGUCUUCCCACCGGUGGGCUGGUCCAACUACAAGUCGGCCGAGGAGGAGGCACACGUGCUGGAGGAGCUCAUCACCGACUACGAGAGAAGAGGGUUCUGCACGGUGGUUUCCACCCUGGAGGAAGCCAUCGAGAUCUUGGGCGGCCCGCCCGUCCUCAACCGACUCGGCGUCCUGGUGAAAGAAAAGAAGGAUGCACAGGGCAACCUUGUGCGAAAGGCCCGGGUCAUAUGGGACCUGAAAGAGUCACAGGUGAACAAGGCGUGCAACCAGGGAGAAAGGAUUAUCCUCCCUAGGCUUCUGGACGUGGUUGCCUCCCUCUUGGCGGCCUAUCGGAGGGGCCGGCCACCCUUCCUGGCGUGCAUCGACAUCCGGGACGCCUUCAUGAAUAUACCAGCCGGGAAGGACCGGCGCUUCACGGUGGCGGCCGUCCCUCGGAAGCGGAACCGAGGCAAGAUGCACAAGCUGGUGUUCUUUAACACGUUGGUGUUUGGAUCGGCGUCCUCACCAACCGUGUGGGGACGCGCCGCAGCGUGGCUUGGAAGAACGACGGCAGCCACGGGGCCAGCCGACACCCAGGUGUACGUCGAUGAUCCGGUCUUCGUUCUGGACGGGCCGCACUUGAAGGUCGCCGCCUCGGACCUGACGGUGGCCUUGCUUUGGGCCGCCGUUUCAGGCUACCCCGUCAAGCUUUCGAAAGCCUGUGGUGGCAAAGACUUGGAAUGGGUGGGCGCGAGGAUCCGGUGCGUCGACGCGGAGGAGGCGGUGAUCGUGACCCUGCCGGCCUCCAAAAUUCAGGCCCUCCUGCAGGACACCGACAAGUUCCUGGGCCGAUCAGUGGUGGGAUCAAGGGAGCUACGCUCCUUCACGGGGGCCCUCUCUUUCGUUGCGGGCCUGGUGCCGCACUUGCGGCCGUUCCUGGCUACUUUCUGGGCGGUUUUGACCAGGCAUGAUGUGACGGGUGAAGGUCGGCAUGCUUUGUCGACCCGAAGGCUCAUACAUGUCAGGCGGAUCCGCCCGGCACUCUGCUGGGUUCGGGCGCUACUAGCCGGAGGCCCCACCAUCGAGAAGAUCUUCUACGCCAACCCGCCCAAGGUCGACCUGGAGAUCGUCACCGACGCUUGCCCAUGGGGGAUGGGAGGAAUAAGGAGAGAAGGGGGGCGUCCCACGGCCUACUUCUACCUCCACAUCUCAGACGACGUCCUCCGGAAAUUCGGGGCAGAGCGGGGCCUGCCGAAAUACAACACGCUGUGGGAAGGACUGGCCCUUCUGGUCGCCUUCCGCUUGUGGCUGCCUUCCCUCGUUCACGGCGCCACUUUUCGGGCCAAGUCGGACAACCUCGGGUUCCUCAUGGCACUUGCCAAGGGAAGCGCAAGGUCGGCGGACCUCAAUGUGCUUGCUCGAGAGUUUGCCUUCGACCAGGCGACACGGGCCUACCACGUGAACGGUUUGGUCCACAUCCCCGGCGUCACGAAUGUGCAGGCGGACGCCCUUUCUCGCCAGUUCGCUCCGGAGGCAAAACGCUUCCCAAAGGAGCUGCUGGAGGUUCCUCGUGACGAGGUCCUCAUCAACGAUCACUUCUGGCAAUGGGUGGCUUGGUCAGUGUGGGCAGGGCUCGAGCCUUACCCCCUAACACCCGACGGAAUGUACAUCGUCAUGGGUGGGCUCAAAGAGGCAGGCUACCGCUCAGCGAUGCAAUACCUGGACCUUGCCAAGCAAGAACACGUCCAGAAAGGACACCCAUGGACGGACCAGUUGGCCCUAGCGUAUCGGGUUUGCUCGCGCUCCUGCAAGCGAGGGCUUGGUCCAGCCAAACAGGCGGCGGCCCUCCCGCUUGACAAGCUGGCCGGGUUGGACCAGUCACGCUGUCAAGUCCCCUCGGGACCGGCGAGGCCAGUCUCCUCCACUAUAGUGGCGUCCUGGUGGCUUUUACGUGAGCUGGAAGCGUCCCGCGCCAAGGUUCGGCACAUUACCCUGGACUUCGGGGCGAAAGUAGCCGCGUGGUUGCUACCGUCGUCCAAGACGGAUGUGGCAGCGCUUGGGGCCACCCGCAAGCACUCUUGUUCCUGCGCCGUUUUACAUCCAGACCUUUGCCCUUUUCACACCCUAGCGUCUCUGGUACAGGGAAAACAACCGGAAGAUCCAGUUUUUGUGGACCUGGAUGGAUGCCCACCAUCAAAGCAUGGGUGGGCCGACACGUUCCAACGAAUCGCGGCUCUGCUGGGUCUCCCGUUGUGCCAUCACAACGGAGCUCGGGCUUUCACUGGCCACACGGCACGCGCUACAGGAGCGCAGUUCCUAGCCUUUAAAGGAAUCGAAAUUUGGCGCAUCCAAAUUUUUGGGAGGUGGGGAAGCGAAGUGAUUCUCCGGUACGUCCGCGAUGCCCCUCUAGCACAGCUGAACGAGUUGGCCAUCGAGGCUGGCGACAGGGAAACCUUAGCCAAGAUUCGCAGCGAUCUGGACAGGCUUAUGCGGGAGGCCAGACCUUCACUGGCAAUCCCCGAUUCCAGUUGGCACUUUGAGUGCCAGGUCAGGGGCGCGCCGGCGUCAGGCCCGGCGGCCAUCCACACUAGCACGGCCAAGGCCCUCGUCCUCAAUACGGCUCGGGGUGGCAAGCUUCACAAAUGCCUUAGCGAUUUCAGCUCACCCCAGGUGGCGCUGAACCCGAGCUCGUGGCGUACCUGUUGUCUUUGGCCCUUCGCGUCAGGCGACAAAUCCUUUCAAUGGGCGGGCUCCGUCGGAAUCGGAGUCAAGCUCCUCUUCCUCUUCCAACUCGAGCACAAGCUCGAGUGUCAUGCGGGUAUCUUCUGCCCACUUGAGUUUGUCCAAGGGCCCUAUCGGCUCCUUUUGGACAUAGCAAGCGGCGACGAGGAGCAGGAAGAAGCGCGGUUGCUCGAAGAGGCGAGCGGGGCCAAGACCCACGCUCAACAUCACGCUCAGGAGGACCAUGCGAAGAUGACCAGAAAGGACGCAGCCACUAAUCUCGUGACCUGUAUGGUGGGUGCGAGCGUGCUGAGCCUGCCUCGCAUGGUGGCGAACAAUGGCUGGGUGCUGGGUCCAGCGAUGGUUGUCUUUGCCGGGGCGGUGUCCUACCACGCUUGCAUGCUUGUGGACCGCGCACUCGAGGCCAUUGCUGUCGCGCAUGGCACGCAUCCCAGAAAUAUCGGGGACGUCGUCCAGGAAUGCUUCGGCCAAAGUGGCAGACGUGUAGUUCUCAUUCUGACUGGCGUCUUCCAAAUCAGCAAGUGCGGCGUGUACUUCGUCGUGAUUGGCACUAACCUCAACUACAUCGCUGGCUGGGUCUCGCAGCGUGUGUGGGCGGUAACAGGCGCGGUUCUGUGCAUGCGAUUAAUCUUCGUGCGGGACAUCACGGUGAUUUCUAGAUGGUCUGUCAUUGGUGUGGUGGCAUCCAUAUGCUAUCUUUUCACCAUCACGGCUGGAGGCUUUCAUGCUGCAGGGCGUCCUGGUGAGCACGGCUCAGCAAGAUGGCCUGAGAGCUACAGCGAUGUUUUGGCGGAUUUUGCCGUCAUGGUUUAUGCAUAUUCUCCAGCAGACGUGCUGCCAGUCAUGAAGCACGACAUGAAGGAGCCGCAGCAGUUGCGCUGGGCUUUGCGAAUAUCCUUUCUCGCCGUCACCGGCAUCUAUGUCGGGCUGGGCUGUGUGGCUUUCCUCGGUUGGGGCGAAGAUGUUUCCGGCAACAUUUUGCUUUCCAUGUGUGAGCGCCCUGGCUGCCCUGGGAGCGUCCCGGAAACCGAGACCCCGGGGCAGAAGUGGAUGCUUGGAUAUCUUCUGGCUUGCGCUGUGGUCUCCAACCUCAUGGUUACGGCUCCAGUGGUUUUGUACUGCGUUUUUCGAGUUCUCGAAGCCGAGCACUCCCAUUUGCUGUCCAAUGCCGUCGUCAAUGGGAGUCUACGCGUCGUGGCCGUGAUGGGUGCUCUGAUGGUGGCCUUGUUCAUGCCAUACUUCACGGAAGUUCUGGCCGUGAUCUCCACUGGUUUGUUAACGAUUCUUCAGGUCUUCGUGCCCGUGGCGGUGACCUUCGGCCUCAGUCGCCAGGGUGCCGUGGCCUUCGGCCCGGCAGAGUUUUUGCUGGGACUCCUGGGUUUCGGCAUGUUCACUGUGGGGAUGUCCAGUGCAUUGCGCAACCUACAUGAGGCACUCACCGGCAGUUGA